AUGGUCCUCAACUACACCUUUGAACUGCUGUCGGACUCGGAAAGGAGCAGGCUUGACUUCGACGUCUUGCUACCUGUCAUGGUCAACGCGACCUAUGCAUCACCCGAAGGCCUGGAGGGAGGAUACUUCCUGGGCACUGUGGACAAGGAUAUUGUGGAAGCUCCUGGCAAGCAAUUCCAGUGGUUGGCGCAGUCUGACACGUUUGCUCGUGUGACAGCUAUCUCGUCUAGUCCCCUCGUGUCUGCCCUAGGACCGCUCUCCCGGCUCAUGGCACAUGCAGCAGAGAACGCAAAAGAUUCUGGUCUGGUUGCGCAAACCUUGGACCACACCACGGACUUUGUGCGUACGCUCAUGGUGCAGUGGCGGUUGAACAAGUUGUCGGAGGUCGACAAGUCCGAGGAGGCGGAGUUCCUCGACGCUGAGUCCUUGAGGACCACCAUCCCGGGACUUUGGAGACUGCUCCGUAAUUGCCUGUAUUCUAUUGUCAUUGUUCUCCGGGCUGUUCUGGGAAGAGUGAUCAAUGACCCUGUGCUGGCUGCUCACCGCAGUGCUCCGUUCAUAUCCAUGCAGGUGCUUCACAUACUGCGAAAUCUCUACUUCAUAUCAUCCCGCAUGGGCCAGAACGCUUCUUCGCAGCACAUGUUUGUCACCUUGACAGCUGUGGAUAUUCUAUCACACUACCCUGAUCUGGCCGAGAACUUCCUGAGAAGCAUCAAACCCAGUGAGCUCGGCCAGAUCCCCGACCAUCCUAUUGAGCGGUGUCUGGACCUGUUCUUCCUCAACACGUCGGAACUCUUCACUCCCUUACUAUCUCCUGCAUGCAGCGAAGAGCUUCUCGUUGCAGCAGCCGUUCCCUACCUCCCAGCCGGCGGAAAUAACCAUCUCCUGGAGAUCUUCGAAGCCGCCCACAGCACGGUCCUAGCCGUGUUUGCCAUCCCGAACAACGCCGCCGUAGCAGCCAAGCAUCUCCCAUUCUACAUCGACAACCUAUUUGCUGUAUUCCCCGAAAACCUCUCCGCGCGACAGUUCCGUCUAGCCUUCAAGACCGUCAUCCAAGUCACAGCACCGCCCUCCCCAAUCGCCAACACGCAACGCCUCCUCCCAUCAAUCCUCCUCGAAGUCCUCUACGACCGAGCCCUCCACGCAUCCGACCAACUCCUCCCCCAACCAUCGUCAACUCAAGUGGAGGGUCCCGAUCUCGGCAAAUCCCCGCCCGUGUCGGAACAAGCAGCGCUGACCCUCGCGCUCAUCGACAGUCUCUGUUUCCUCCGCGUGGAAGACCUCGAGGAAUGGCUUCCUCUCACAGCGCAAUUACUUAACAGCAUCAAGACACCAGAUAUGCAUAAGCAAUGCGUGGAACGGUUCUGGGAGGCGCUGAGUAGCGGCGAGAUGGAUGUCGAACGGGCGCAUUUCUGUGUCACAUGGUGGAGUACGCGUGGUGGCAGGGAGCUUGUUCUGUAUGGGGAUGAAUUCGGGGCCGAUGCGGAGCAUAGGCAGGAUGAAGCUGAGGGGCAGGGGCAGGGACAGGGGGCGUAUAUGAGUGGUGCUCUUGGGGCGGUGGCGAGGGAGAGUAAGCUUUAA